AUGUCAUUCAACAUCACCGACGAGUCCCACCUCGCAUCCCCCGACCCACACCCCUCGAAUAUCGACCUCCUCAUCCCACUCACCAGCAUCAUGCUAUACUUCACCCUAGAACAUCUAGGCGUCAUCACCGACCAAAUGCGCGCGGGAAUCGUCCUAGCAGCAUGCGGCACUUACCUCGCCAGUCAGAUGCCCGAUAACGGUUACUUCGCAACAAACAACAGGGUCGUCGUCGAGACACCCACUGCAGAUGAUCUGGAGGCUCGGCUGGGGCCUUAUCCUCUGUUCCCGCAUAUGUGGUAUGGAGUCCAGGGUGAUAUGGCCGUGCAUGGUGGUUAUGGGCGUGAUGAGAAUGAAGACCAAGAGGAAGAAGACGUUGGCGUGGACGCCACCCCCAGACCUCCUGUGGGUGGGUCAUUUGGCGUUAAGAAGAUUGUUUAUGGUUUAAUACUCUGUUUUCAGUGGGUUUUGGUGCCUUUUGUUAGGGGUCUUCGGAAGGGGGUUGAGCAGGGUUUCGAUGUUGGGGUUAUUUUGACGGAAGAGGAGGAGAAGGAGGAGGAGGAGAAGACGGAAAAGACGGAGAAGGAGCUGACUGCCGUCACAUGCGAGACUAUGACUUCGUCUGAUGAGCUCUGUGAAUAUGCUACCUCGCUUAGGGCCUCAGAUGCCUUAGCAGACGAGAGUAUCGACCGUUGGACUUCCACUUUCGUCAUCAACAAGGCUGAAUCCAUCAAAGAGGAGGAACUGUCUACCUUCGGGUUUGAGGCACCAAACGACGAUGCUCCCUUUCCCCCUGACUUUGUUUCCGGCAUUGAACAUUCUGACUGGGACUCUCUGGAUGAUAUACUCGACGACUACCGCUCCGAUACAUCGUGCUCACCCGACUUUCCGUCCUCUCAUCCAUCUGAGACUGCAUGCUCAACCUCAUCUUCUACGUUGGUUAACGAUUGCAAGCCAGCGGCUGACUCCUCUAACCCUAAUCCCUUCGACCCUCAGCCAGGCAGCGUUCUGGAUGUUAUUCUUGACGAGUAUCUUUCAGACUCAUACUCGGAGUUUGACGAUGAAACCGAACUCACUUUUCUCCCCUACAGUCCGACAACCUCCUGCCCUAGCUCUACCUCCAGCUUUUCCACUAUCGACACAGAUGACUUCCUGACCGGGACCAUUGACGCGAAGCUCUCGCAGAUCUGGCCUACAGACCCAAAAAUCGACGACGCUCCUCUCCCCUACAACCUCACACAUGAGCCCGCCUCCCCCUUCGACGAAGUACUCGAAGAGCUCGAGAGAUACAUCGAACAACAGCAACAUGCUGCACGCGAGGAAUACACCACUCUCAUCCCCAGAGCCAUUGUCCCGAAGAAGAGAGCUCAAACCUCCAUCUCCCACCCCAGUCUCCCUCGCACAGCCACCCAAUCUACCCCAACGCCUCCUCAUUUCAAUAUUGCGAUUCCGGCCGGGAAGAAACCCAGCGAACCCGCACCCCCUGCCCCUGCCUCAAACAGCACUAGCAUCGCCAUCAAUCCCCUGCAAUCCUGCCUCUUCAAGCCCCAGCCCUCUUCGAAGCGCGGCAUUCAUCGCCUAAUGCUGGAGGCAGAUUCUUCUCCACCCAGUGUAAACCUCGAGACCCUGACCCCCCUCGAGCUCGACCGACUCACUCGUUUCAGCACCUGGAAGAACCUCUUCGUGAACGACAUCUCUUCUCCGAUCUACAACCACAGCCAACACCGCCCAAAAGUCUCGGGUCCCCGAUCCAUGCACGCCGCUUGUCCACCUCCUGCAUUGCUGUCAACACGGACAAAGACACACAAAAGCGUCCGCUUCCACCCGGCCGUCACGAACAUCGACAUCCGGAUCUGUCCGAGGUACCUGCGGACCCGGCGCCACCGUGACCCUGAUGGCGAGGUCAUUGAGCGUCCGGUCUUCUCGCUGAUUCCCUUGCGAGAGUAG